CGCCUCGCCUCCUUGUCCCAUCCGGAUUCCUCUUCCUCUCCUCACACCUCACCACCAUCUCCAGCUCCCUCCCCACCCAGCUCUCCACCAACCGCCGCUCCCCGCCGACGCGGCGUGGCGAUGAACGCGUCCCAGUUCAUGGACAAGCAGAUCCUCGGCCUCGCCGCCUCCGCCUCCCCCUCCGGCGGCGGCGCUGGGGUUGGGGGCGGAGGCGUGGAUCUCAGCGAUCUGAUGAUCCCGGUCCCCCCGGAGGACGGCGAGGAACGCCUCCGCCGCCGGCGUACCAGCAGCAGCAGCGCCAACGGGGCCGCCGAAGACUUGCUCCCCAGCUACGACUUUCAGCCCAUCCGCGCCGCCGCCGCUCCCCAGGCCUCGUGGGGGUCGCUCGACUCCAAGGCACCCUCCGCCUCCGCCUCAUACAACCUCAAGAGUGCUGGUAUAUUGGAGCCACAUGUUCUGAAGAAAGUUAGUCAUGAGGAAGACAGGAGUAACUUUGCUGCCGUUACUAUGGCAGAUAUUGAUCAAACCAUGAAGAAGUAUUCUGAUAACCUUUUGCAUGCACUGGAAGGUGUAAGCUCAAGGCUUUCACAAAUGGAGAGUAGAACACACCAACUUGAAAACUCUGUUGAUGAGUUGAGGUUAACUAUUGGUAACUAUAAUGGCAGCACUGACGGAAAACUCAGGCACCUUGAGAACAUGCUCAGGGAGGUCCAAGCAGGUGUACAGAUUUUACGCGAUAAGCAGGAAAUUGUCGAGACACAGCUCCACCUUGCAAAGCUUCAGACUCCCAAAAUUGAUACCCAGUCGUCAGAAAGUAGUGGGUCUGGACAGGCUUGCUCACAGCAGCAGCCAUUGGCUACCCCGCCAGCAGCCAUUCAGUCACAGCAUCAAGUCUUGACCCCUUCCCAACCUCCAGCACUUCCCGCCCUUUCUGCUCCAAAUGCACCGCCUCCACCUCCAACACUUCAAAGCCAACCUCCAUCGCAGUUUCCAAGCCAUUUACCACAUUCACAGAUACCAUCAGUCCCGUCUGUUGCACCAGUUCCCUCAGUCCCAGCUUUACCAAGGGAUCCUUACUACGCUCCAUCUGCUCAGCCAACUGAAACCAUGCACCAACAGUAUCAUGCGCCACCAGUUCCACAGCCACAGGCACCUCCAGCACCUCCUCAGCAGUACCAAUCCCCAUCCCAAUAUCCUCAAUAUUCACAACCACCUCAGCCUGCAAAUGUGAACCCAACUCCACUUGCACCCCCUGCACCUCAGCAGCCAGAAGAAAGCAUGCCAUAUGCGCCUCCACAGAACUAUCCACCAAACGUACGCCCUCAUUCACCCUAUAUGCAACCACCUAGUGGACCUGCUCCUCCUUACUAUGGACAAAACUCUAGCAUGUAUGAACCUCCUGCAGGCAGGACUAACCCUGGGCCGCCAUCAUCCUAUGGUGCCAGUGGGUAUGGUCCACAGGGUGGUAGUGGUUUCUCUGAAUCAUACGGUUACGCUGGAUCUCCUUCCCACCGCGGCAACGCUGGAAUGAAGCCGUCCUCGCCUUUUGCUCCAUCCUCUGGGGCAAGUGGGAGCUAUGGAAGUGGCAGGCUCCCCACGGCUCAGAUACUACCGCAAGCAGUGCCAAUCAACUCCUCCAGCCCUAGUGGUUCUUCAGGCAAUAGGGUGCCACUUGACGAUGUGGUGGAGAAGGUUGCAACAAUGGGAUUCUCAAGAGAGCAAGUGAGGGCAACAGUGCGGAGGUUGACCGAGAACGGGCAGAAUGUAGAUCUGAAUGCGGUGCUUGACAAGCUGACGAAGGGGCGAUAAGGUUAGCUGUGCAAUAUUUUCAUGCUCCACAGUAUGUGCACAGUGUCCAAAAUGUUACGCGAACCAGUUUCUGCCCGCGACCUUGUAAUUCUGAUUGGUAUGGCCUGAAGAUCUUAGGCAGGGAGCGAUCAUCGAGUUUGCUGCCGGAGUCUGCAUCCUCACCUCUGCCCUUGGUUGUUCUAUCUGAAUGAAAACAACUACAGGUGCAUAGAUGGAUGAUACUAGUACUAUCUGAAUACGUUCUAUGUAUAUGUGAUAAUGAUAUGCCAAAACGUACACCAUGGUUUGUGAUCUGUUAAUAAACAGUGUUUUCUGAAGCUCUUUUAUCGGGCUAUGUGUUUAA